ACUUUGAAUGUCCUCUUUGACGUCAAGGCACCAUCAGGAUCAAGCUUCCUGACCGCCUCAGUAUCGUCGACAUGUCUAAGAGAGAUCGUGACGGCAACACGCGGCCCAAGGACGGUGGCAAGCCGGGCCCUGCGAUCGCCGAGUCACGCUUCACGCCCAUGUUCAUGGAGUUCCGCAAUGAGCUUGAUGAGCACCAUGAUCGCAAGGAGCGCAUCGUCAAGGCGUCGCGGGAUGUUACUGCCCUGAGCAAGAAGAUAAUUUUUGCCUGCCAGAGGGUAAACAGUCUAGGCGAUUUGCCCAAACGUACUCGGGACGAGAUCGAUACUCGCAUGUCCGAGAUCAAGGACCUUCUCACACCCCUAGAGCCACACCUGACCCCGCUCAACCGCCACCGCUACGCCUCCACCCUCCGCGGCCUCGAGGAGCUCGUCGAGGCUCUCUCCUUUGCGCACUACCUGCAACACCAAACUCUCAUUACCAUGGAGGAGGCUGGCGCUGCUGUGCCGGCUGCUAUCGAACUGACCGAGGACGACUAUCUCUACGGCAUCUUCGACCUCUUUGGCGAGAUGAUGCGGUUCGCGACCGUGACUACGGCACAGAAAGGACGGUUGGCGGGCCAGGACGAGGGAAAGCGAGAUAUCCUGAUGGACUUUCACGAAUUGAGCUCGGCGUUUGAGAUACUACCCGAGAUUCACGACCGGACGUACAGAAACAAGAUGGAGGCCAUGAGGCAGUCGGUGCACAAGGUGGAGAAGCUGGGGUACGGAAUUGCGAUACGUGGGUCUGAGAGGCCGAAGGGGUGGGUGCCAGACAUGAAGGAUGAUGUUGUGAUUGCUGAUUAGAUGUAUUCACUUUGUCAGCGGACGUUAUUUGUUCAUGGUGUAGAAGCUCGACGGGCUGUAUGGGGACUGUAUAAGGUAGUUCUGAUUUAUCUCCAGUCACGCACGCCGGCGGAAACUAAAUGCAGUGGGCAAAAUUAUCACGAAUGUGCUCUGAACUGCAAAAUCCCCU